UUUUAUCAGUCAACGCAAUUCCGAACGAACGGCGCGGCGUGUUGUCCCACAUUUUCAGUCGCACGUACACGACAGUGCAUACCGCAGGUGUCUGUCAAUCGUUCUCUCCUAGAUAUUCCGGUCUCGGAUUCGUCGUACAGAGUCGCGACGGUCCCCGUUGCAUGUGGAUGCAUCGUUGCAUCCGUCAUCCUGCCAGACGCGACGAUGUUUCCGGAAGCGUGGGCUUUUUCAGCGACCGCCGUCGUCGCUCGUCGCAGGUGCGUCGAACGGUAAGAUCGAGAUCGACUGACUGCACCUGGGAGGAACGUACAUCGAACCUACGUUAAUUUAAAACGUGCUGUGCGUACACGCGAGUACUUACGUGUAUAUGUGACCUCGUCAAUCAUGUCAAUCAUCGCCGAGCGCAGAAAAGUGAAGAUAGCCUGUUAUUUUUCCUCCUUGUAAGAAACGAGAGAAAAAGAUAAGAGGAAAUCAAGAAAGAGUGGCAAAUUUUACGUUCACCGUCUAGCUAUGGAGGACGAGGACUUUGGUUUCGCGAAGAGGACAGACAAUGUCUUAAAGAAGACAUCGGAAGUCGUUGGUGGAGGUGGAUCAACGACACCAGCGCCUCUGAUUGGGGCCGGAAGCGAGGGCCUUCAACGCGCGUCAACCGCCGCUGGCUCAGUCGUGCCCAACACGCCAAACAUACCGAACGUGGUGGAGUAUCAUCUUAAAAUCAAGCCUAGGUCAACGACAAGGCACUGCCGGCUCGAUAACAUUCCCAGAGACCAGCCUCUAAAAGAGAUGAAGAAGGAAAAGGUGUCUUUUGACGAUAAGAAGAAAGAUCUUGUGUCGAAGUUGUCACGUCUGUCUAUCGAUAAUAAUGUUUUUGAAGGCUCUACCGAUUUGCCGCAAGUAUUUCAGGUGAAAUAUUUGGGAUCCCAUGAUGCAAGAGGCCUCUGGGGCAUCAAGCACACAAGAAGGCCCGUCGAUAAUAUGGUUUCUGCUGCGAAGGCUUUGCCGACUAACACAAUGCUGCCUCUUAUCAAGCUAAUAGUUUCUCAGGAGGGAGUGGCCUUGCUGCCGCUAGAUAAAAGGAAGCAAGAUGCCAAUUUAUCCAGAAUGUAUCCUAUUGAGACGAUCUCUUACGGAGUACAGGAUCUAGUUUACACUAGAGUCUUUUCCAUGAUCGUUGUUCGCGAGACGGAGAACUUCAGGAGAAUCUCGCCAUUCGAAUGUCAUGGUUUUGUCUGCGAAUCGAAAUAUUAUGCCAGGCAAUUGACAUACGCUCUCGCUGCAGCCUUCGAGGUUUACUCCAAGACCGUAAAGGCUCAGGAAAAGCUGACUGGAGUCAGCGUAAACACCGCCAGGAAGAGAUUUGCAAUUGACCUAAGGAGCCCCGAGGAAAUUGAGGCAGAUCUUACGAUGGAUUCCGAAGCGUAACUUUCGAAAUCUAACAUUAUUUAUUAGAUUAAGAUACAAGUAGAUAUAAAUUUUUUAUUA